AACACGGCGUCAUGGCUUCGAAGAUGCAGGAUUGUUAUCAGUGGUUCCUCCAAUACAAGAAAUGGGUCAUGAACAAUCCUCAAGGGGCAUCAGAAAUGGAAAGUGUAGUGAAAUGGGGGUCGUACUUUUUAGCCGGUCGAUUCAAGAACUCAACACUCCUUUGUGAAAUAGUUUAUUCAGGAUCAAGACUUUUUGAGAUGUUCAAUGACUUCUUGGUCAGGGGAACUUUACCUAAGCUCACCUCAAAACAAGGAGACAAAUUAAAGGUGUUCCUAACUAUUUUGGAAUAUGUCGAGGUGCUAGUGGAAGUUGCAGCUGUUCAGUUAUGGGGGGAAAUGGGCCGUUGGGCAGUAGUUGCCAUCAUUCAACUAACAAAAUGCAUUGGACGUUUCUUUCUGGUUCUGAAAUACAAGACAUCACUUGUGUCAUCCCCACCAAUCAAGCCACUAGACCGCAGAGCUGUGAUCCAAACCAGACAGCAGAUGUACAGCAAUCAAAGCUCAACUCCUGAGUCGUUCCGCCUUCCCCAUUCUGGUCGCAUCAUGAGAACUCUAGCUGGAGCACCACCCACUCAUCAGCGCACAUUUAACCCACCACAGCCUCCCAAUAACAAUGAAAAUGAAACAGUUGCUCAAAAGAUGUUAUCACCAAAGCAGCUAACAGCAGAGGAACCUCUACAAUGAGUCCAUGCUGUCAGCAGCAGAACGCAGUGAACUGGCCCGAAGGAGAAUCAGCUUGCUAUACUACCUUGUCCGGUCUCCGGCAUUCCACGCAGUGACUCACAAGCGUAUAAAAUACUUCUUGACCACAGUGGGCAAUAGAGUCCCUUUGGCUAGAACAAUUUGCCAGCCUUUGCUUGAGUACAUUCCUGAAUGGCAGAAGAUUUAUGCUUAUACUUGGAGUUAGGUUGUCUCGAAGAGAGAGGCUGUGAAUAGGUGAUAUUCAGAAGGUGUACAAUACAAUCUGGAGACAAUGAAAGAUAACAACAUACUGUACAUAGAUAAUGUACAUAUAUAACUCUGUUAUAUAUUUCUCUACCUUUAGUAUAGACCAUUUGUAAAUAAUUUGCUUUGUAGCUUAUUGUAAUCAAUUUAUAGGUUGUU